AUGGGUCUUAAAAGGAAACCCCAGACAAGCCUGUUCGACCUAAUUGAGGACCAGCCGGGGAAGGAGGCACCCGGAAAGUCGCAGUCCAAACCUCCACCUCCUCCGCCACAGCCUCAACCUAUUCAAAUCAGGUCUACCCCUGCUCGUUCGCGGACGCCGUCUCCCCAGCCCAAACACCCUGCUUCCCCCCAAUUGACUUUACCUCCUCAGCCUGAGCCCACUGACUCAAAGAGGAAGAGGAGUUCUAAGGGCAAAGAGCCAAUGGAUAAGGGGAAGUCUCACACGCCUCAAGAGGAGGGCGAAGCCCCACGCACUCAAAAGCAGCUAGAGAUUGGGCCUCAAGGCCAAGGCAAGGAGAUCGAUGCUCAGUCUGCGCCCAAGGCUUGGCUUCCGGCCCUAAUGCUCCACGGGGAACCGUUGACGGAAGAUGCCUCUCUGAGGAACUUUCGAGGCGGUGAAGGCGCUUAUGUGGCCGACGCUUUGGAAAGGCCCCUGCUCCUCCCCACUGACAUGAAGGAGUUGAAGAGUAUGAGAAGGCAGGAGGUCUUCCUCAGCAUGAAGAGGUCCUUGGAGACCGAACGUAAUAAGCGCCUGGAUGCUGCUCUUACCCUUAAGAACUCCGAGGAUGACCUUGCUAAGGCCAGGGAGGAUCUAAAGGAGAUGACCAGGCAGAGGGAUAGCGCUGAAGCAGGCCUGUCUGGUGCCCAAACGCAGGCCGAGGCCCAGACGAAGCGCCUACUUGAAGCUGAAGAUCAACUAGGGAUUGCUAAGAAGCAGAUUAUUGAUCUCAAAAAGAGGCUAACUGAGGCGGAUCAGGCCAAAAAUGUUGCGGAAUGGGCUAGGGACGAAGCUCUAAGGGCCAAGACGGAGGCUGAGACCUCCAAGGACAAAGUCGAGGAGGAGGCCUAUGACUCGGGGGUGGCUGACACCCAGGCCAUCCUCAAGGCUCAAAUCCCUGGAGUGUGUCGGCUCUACUGCUCCCAGGUCUGGAAUGAAGCCCUCAAACAAGUUGGGGUGGAGGCUUCCUUCGAUCUGUGGAAGGCGAAGAAGAUAUACUAUCCUCUGGCCAUCCGUGAGACGAAUCCCGAGACGGUGAGAGCUCCCAAGGAGACUGAGGUUGCUCGGAUCGUGUCCACCAUUGGCGAGCCAGCCAAGGGGAGCAAGCUCCCUAAGGUGACUGAUGCGAGUGGGAGCUUCAACCCCGAAGCACCCGAGGAUCCACCUCUCUUGGUUCAGCCCCUUCAGUCCAUUUCCCCUGCUGAUGUCACUCGAGGCCCCGAGGCCAAUCCUGCCCAACUUCCAAUGGAAGGGGAUGCUUCCCAGGGUCCCGAGACCAAUCUUGUUCAGCUUUCCAAGGAAGGGACCAAAACGAAGUCGAAGAAGUAG